AUGUUCCCCUAUUCCUGCUACUUAGACCUACUUUUUCUGCACUUUUUUCUUGAUUCCCCUGCUGCUGCCGCUCCUCCUUUCCAUUCCCUGCCGCCACCCUCCCCUGAUCUGGUCCUUUCCCUCCAUUGCUCCUGCCGCAUCUCCUGUGUAGUCGCCUUUGCUACAGAGCGCGUCUUCCUUUUUCUGCCCCUACUCCCACCUUCCCCGCAGUCGCCCUUUGUGUUUCCCUCGAAACCUGACUUCCUUUUCCUGCCACUGGCCUCGUCCAACUUCGGCUCCUGCUGCUUCCUUCCUACCCUUCACUUGCCCGGCCGCACCUCACUGUGCCGUCGCUGCUACUGGCGGCACAGCAGAGUGAACCGGCGCACGCCUUGCACUACUGAGUUUGCCCCAUCAGCAGCAGCCAUGCUGCUGCUGCCUUGGCUGCUCGUGGCUAUCCUUCUCGGCGCUGCCAUCGGGAGGCACACCAUUUCCCAGAUGGGGAGAACAAGUGAAGCUGUUGGGACCUUCAACGCACAUAAGUUGAAUGAGGCGAUGGAGAUGAGAUUGAGGGUGCUUGGCUUGCAGCUGGAAGAGACAAGGAGGGAGUUGGAGGAGGCUGAGAGGAGACAAGUGGCGGAGAUGAGAGGGCAGGUGGAGGAGAGGGAGAGGGAGCUUGCUGCAGAGUUGGCUGCAGUGAAGGGGGAGCUGGUUGAACUCAAGGAGGUUAUGGCAGUGAAACUGGAUACGAUUGGGAGGAGAAGAGGAUCUGAUACGAGAGAGAGGAGAGAUGGAACGAGAGUGGAGUUGGCAAGCGAGAGGGAGGAGAGGAGGAGGGAGGUGCAGGAGCUGAAUGAGCCACAUGCCAUGGAGGAAUUGGUACCCUGCUGCAGGAAGGUUAAGGAGGGAAUCAGCCAGAGUGAAUCCAGUCGGACGACUGCAUGGGAGGCAAAUGCCACUGCUGCGAGUAGUAAUGUCACGUUAUUAACUCGCACUCUGGCCAACGUCGUCGCCUCCUUCUCAAAGCAUGCCUACACUCUCAGCGUGCCAAUUUACUCUCUCCUCACCCUGCUGAAGUCUCAAGCUGCGGAACAUCAAAUCGUGCUGUGUUUCGCCAUUGCAACUCUCGUGUUACUGGCUGUGACGGCUGGGCUGAUGAAACUGCAGAGUACGGAGGGUGAAGCAGAAGGAAGUGGGCCGGAGGGUGAAGCAGAAGGAAGUGGGCCGGAGGGUGAAGCAGAAGGAAGUGGGCCGGAGGGUGAAGCAGAAGGAAGUGGGCCGGAGGGUGAAGCAGAAGGAAGUGGGCCGGAGGGUGAAGCAGAAGGAAGUGGGCCGGAGGGUGAAGCAGAAGGAAGUGGGCCGGAGGGUGAAGCAGAAGGAAGUGGGCCGGAGGGUGAAGCAGAAGGAAGUGGGCCGGAGGGUGAAGCAGAAGGAAGUGGGUUGGAGGGUGAAGCAGAAGGAAGUGGGCCGGAGGGUGAAGCAGAAGGAAGUGGGCCGGCGGGUGAAGCAGAAGGAAGUGGGCCGGCGGGUGAAGCAGAAGGAAGUGGGCCGGAGGGUGAAGCAGAAGGAAGUGGGCCGGAGGGUGAAGCAGAAGGAAGUGGGCCGGAGGGUGAAGCAGAAGGAGGUGGGCCGGAGGGUGAAGCAGAAGGAGGUGGGCCGGAGGGUGAAGCAGAAGGAAGUGGGCCGGAGGGUGAAGCAGAAGGAAGUGGGCCGGAGGGUGAAGCAGAAGGAAGUGGGCCGGAGGGUGAAGCAGAAGGAAGUGGGCCGGAGGGUGAAGCAGAAGGAAGUGGGCCGGCGGGUGAAGCAGAAGGAAGUGGGCCGGCGGGUGAAGCAGAAGGAGGUGGGCCGGAGGGUGAAGCAGAAGGAGGUGGGCCGGAGGGUGAAGCAGAAGGAGGUGGGCCGGAGGGUGAAGCAGAAGGAAGUGGGCCGGAGGGUGAAGCAGAAGGAAGUGGGCCGGAGGGUGAAGCAGAAGGAAGUGGGCCGGAGGGUGAAGCAGAAGGAAGUGGGCCGGAGGGUGAAGCAGAAGGAAGUGGGCCGGAGGGUGAAGCAGAAGGAAGUGGGCCGGAGGGUGAAGCAGAAGGGAGGGGGCCGGAGGGUGAAGCAGAAGGGAGUGGGCCGGAGGGUGAAGCAGAAGGGAGUGGGCCGGAGGGUGAAGCAGAAGGGAGUGGGCCGGAGGGUGAAGCAGAAGGAAGUGGGCCGGAGUGUGAAGCAGAAGGAAGUGGGCCGGAGGGUGAAGCAGAAGGAAGUGGGCCGGCGGGUGAAGCAGAAGGAAGUGGGCCGGAGGGUGAAGCAGAAGGAAGUGGGCCGGAGGGUGAAGCAGAAGGAAGUGGGCCGGAGGGUGAAGCAGAAGGAAGUGGGCCGGAGGGUGAAGCAGAAGGAAGUGGGCCGGAGGGUGAAGCAGAAGGAAGUGGGCCAGAGGGUGAAGCAGAAGGAAGUGGGCCGGAGGGUGAAGCAGAAGGAAGUGGGCCGGAGGGUGAAGCAGAAGGAAGUGGGCCGGAGGGUGAAGCAGAAGGAAGUGGGCCGGAGUGUGAAGCAGAAGGAAGUGGGCCGGAGAGUGAAGCAGAAGGAAGUGGGCCGGCGGGUGAAGCAGAAGGAAGUGGGCCGGAGGGUGAAGCAGAAGGAAGUGGGCCGGAGGGUGAAGCAGAAGGAAGUGGGCCGGAGGGUGAAGCAGAAGGAAGUGGGCCGGAGGGUGAAGCAGAAGGAAGUGGGCCGGAGGGUGAAGCAGAAGGAAGUGGGCCGGAGGGUGAAGCAGAAGGAAGUGGGCCGGAGGGUGAAGCAGAAGGAAGUGGGCCGGAGGGUGAAGCAGAAGGAAGUGGGCCGGAGGGUGAAGCAGAAGGAAGUGGGCCGGAGGGUGAAGCAGAAGGAAGUGGGCCGGAGGGUGAAGCAGAAGGAAGUGGGCCGGAGGGUGAAGCAGAAGGAAGUGGGCCGGAGGGUGAAGCAGAAGGAAGUGGGCCGGAGGGUGAAGCAGAAGGAAGUGGGCCGGAGGGUGAAGCAGAAGGAAGUGGGCCGGAGGGUGAAGCAGAAGGAAGUGGGCCGGAGGGUGAAGCAGAAGGAAGUGGGCCGGAGGGUGAAGCAGAAGGAAGUGGGCCGGAGGGUGAAGCAGAAGGAAGUGGGCCGGAGGGUGAAGCAGAAGGAAGUGGGCCGGAGGGUGAAGCAGAAGGAAGUGGGCCGGAGGGUGAAGCAGAAGGAAGUGGGCCGCGGGUGAAGCAGAGGGAAGUGGGCCGGAGGGUGAAGCAGAAGGAAGUGGGCCGGCGGGUGAAGCAGAAGGAAGUGGGCCGGAGGGUGAAGCAGAAGGAAGUGGGCCGGAGGGUGAAGCAGAAGGAAGUGGGCCGGAGGGUGAAGCAGAAGGAAGUGGGCCGGAGGGUGAAGCAGAAGGAAGUGGGCCGGAGGGUGAAGCAGAAGGAAGUGGGCCGGAGGGUGAAGCAGAAGGAAGUGGGUUGGAGGGUGAAGCAGAAGGAAGUGGGCCGGAGGGUGAAGCAGAAGGAAGUGGGCCGGCGGGUGAAGCAGAAGGAAGUGGGCCGGCGGGUGAAGCAGAAGGAAGUGGGCCGGAGGGUGAAGCAGAAGGAAGUGGGCCGGAGGGUGAAGCAGAAGGAAGUGGGCCGGAGGGUGAAGCAGAAGGAGGUGGGCCGGAGGGUGAAGCAGAAGGAGGUGGGCCGGAGGGUGAAGCAGAAGGAAGUGGGCCGGAGGGUGAAGCAGAAGGAAGUGGGCCGGAGGGUGAAGCAGAAGGAAGUGGGCCGGAGGGUGAAGCAGAAGGAAGUGGGCCGGAGGGUGAAGCAGAAGGAAGUGGGCCGGAGGGUGAAGCAGAAGGAAGUGGGCCGGCGGGUGAAGCAGAAGGAAGUGGGCCGGCGGGUGAAGCAGAAGGAGGUGGGCCGGAGGGUGAAGCAGAAGGAGGUGGGCCGGAGGGUGAAGCAGAAGGAAGUGGGCCGGAGGGUGAAGCAGAAGGAAGUGGGCCGGAGGGUGAAGCAGAAGGAAGUGGGCCGGAGGGUGAAGCAGAAGGAAGUGGGCCGGAGGGUGAAGCAGAAGGAAGUGGGCCGGAGGGUGAAGCAGAAGGAAGUGGGCCGGAGGGUGAAGCAGAAGGGAGGGGGGCCGGAGGGUGAAGCAGAAGGGAGUGGGCCGGAGGGUGAAGCAGAAGGGAGUGGGCCGGAGGGUGAAGCAGAAGGGAGUGGGCCGGAGGGUGAAGCAGAAGGAAGUGGGCCGGAGUGUGAAGCAGAAGGAAGUGGGCCGGAGGGUGAAGCAGAAGGAAGUGGGCCGGCGGGUGAAGCAGAAGGAAGUGGGCCGGAGGGUGAAGCAGAAGGAAGUGGGCCGGAGGGUGAAGCAGAAGGAAGUGGGCCGGAGGGUGAAGCAGAAGGAAGUGGGCCGGAGGGUGAAGCAGAAGGAAGUGGGCCGGAGGGUGAAGCAGAAGGAAGUGGGCCAGAGGGUGAAGCAGAAGGAAGUGGGCCGGAGGGUGAAGCAGAAGGAAGUGGGCCGGAGGGUGAAGCAGAAGGAAGUGGGCCGGAGGGUGAAGCAGAAGGAAGUGGGCCGGAGUGUGAAGCAGAAGGAAGUGGGCCGGAGAGUGAAGCAGAAGGAAGUGGGCCGGCGGGUGAAGCAGAAGGAAGUGGGCCGGAGGGUGAAGCAGAAGGAAGUGGGCCGGAGGGUGAAGCAGAAGGAAGUGGGCCGGAGGGUGAAGCAGAAGGAAGUGGGCCGAGGGUGAAGCAGAAGGAAGUGGCCGGAGGGGUGAAGCAGAAGGAAGUGGGCCGGCGGGUGAAGCAGAAGGGAAGUGGGCCGGAGGGUGAAGCAGAAGGAAGUGGGCCGGAGGGUGAAGCAGAAGGAAGUGGGCCGGAGGGUGAAGCAGAAGGAAGUGGGCCGGAGGGUGAAGCAGAAGGAAGUGGGCCGGAGGGUGAAGCAGAAGGAAGUGGGCCGGAGGGUGAAGCAGAAGGAAGUGGGCCGGAGGGUGAAGCAGAAGGAAGUGGGCCGGAGGGUGAAGCAGAAGGAAGUGGGCCGGAGGGUGAAGCAGAAGGAAGUGGGCCGGAGGGUGAAGCAGAAGGAAGUGGGCCGGAGGGUGAAGCAGAAGGAAGUGGGCCGGAGGGUGAAGCAGAAGGAAGUGGGCCGGAGGGUGAAGCAGAAGGGAGUGGGCCGGAGGGUGAAGCAGAAGGAAGUGGGCCGGAGUGUGAAGCAGAAGGAAGUGGGCCGGAGGGUGAAGCAGAAGGAAGUGGGCCGGCGGGUGAAGCAGAAGGAAGUGGGCCGGAGGGUGAAGCAGAAGGAAGUGGGCCGGAGGGUGAAGCAGAAGGAAGUGGGUCGGAGGGUGAAGCAGAAGGAGGUGGGCCGGAGGGUGAAGCAGAAGGAAGUGGGCCGGCGGGUGAAGCAGAAGGAAGUGGGCCGGAGGGUGAAGCAGAAGGAAGUGGGCCGGCGGGUGAAGCAGAAGGAAGUGGGCCGGCGGGUGAAGCAGAAGCAAGUGGGCCGGCGGGUGAAGCAGAAGGAAGUGGGCCGGAGGGUGAAGCAGAAGGAAGUGGGCCGGAGGGUGAAGCAGAAGGAAGUGGGCCGGAGGGUGAAGCAGAAGGAAGUGGGCCGGAGAGUGAAGCAGAAGGAAGUGGGCCGGAGGGUGAAGCAGAAGGAAGUGGGCCGGCGGGUGAAGCAGAAGGAAGUGGGCCGGAGGGUGAAGCAGAAGGAAGUGGGCCGGAGGGUGAAGCAGAAGGAAGUGGGCCGGAGGGUGAAGCAGAAGGAAGUGGGCCGGCGGGUGAAGCAGAAGGAAGUGGGCCUUGGAAGGGGGAGGAGGAGGGGGGUGGGGGAGAGGGAAUGGGGAAGGAGGGGGCGGAGGGGGUUGGGGAGGGGGAGGAGACGAUGGGGACGGGGCUUGGGGAGGGGGAGGGGGAGAGGUGGGGGGAGGUUGGGGAGGGGGAGGGGGAGAGGCGGGAGGAGGUUGGGGAAGGGGAGGGGGGAGGGGCGGGGGAGAGGGGUAGACAGGAUGGGGAGGGGAUUGGGGGGCAGGUGAGGCGGACAGGGGAAAAAGAGCGGGAGAAUGGGGAGGAGGAGGAGGUGGGGGAGAAUGGGGAGGAGAGGGAGGAGGGGGAGGAGUGGAACCAGCUGCGGCUGCAGGAAAGGCUGGGCGGUCAGCAUGGGAUAAGGAUGGUCUAA